UCAAAAUCCAACAUCUGAUUCGAGGGUGAGCGUAUUCUUAUCAGAAGGGUUACGCAGCGAAUUCGAAUGUGAAACAUAUCAGGCCUCAGAUUGUCCCUCUAAAACGGUGCCUCGAUUGCGUUCGAUAGCCAGCCCCAAUUCAGUCUCGAACCAGUCGUUGCUCAAGAUAAUUCGAAAUGCCCAUCACUCUGUACUACGCACCGUGGAGCCCUCCAGCCCGGGCGAUUCUGCUUCUUAUCAAAGAGCUUGGAUUGAAUGUUGAGCUGAAAAAAGUUGACGUCAUGGGUGGGGAGACGAGGACCGAAGAGUUUUUGAAGAUGAACCCUCAGCACACUAUUCCGACGCUGGAUGACAACGGUUUCUGCCUGUGGGAAUCCCGAGCAAUCUUGGCCUAUCUAGUGGAAGCCUAUUUCAACGGCCAUAAUCUGUACCCAACAAUUCCACGGGAACGGGCCAACAUCAACCGGGUGCUGCACCACGAUCUAACCUCGUUUUACGAAAAUACCAUCCGCCAAAUUGUCCCGAUUCUGAGACGCGAAACGACGGUCUUCAGCGAAGAAAUGAAAAGCUCCAUACAUGAGGCGCUCAAGAAGCUGGAACUAUUUCUGGUACGGAACGAUUGGUUCGCGGGAGAAAAUCUCACCAUAGCGGACAUUUCACUGGUGCCAACAAUUGCUGCCCUGGUGAGCUUUGGAAUCAAUUUGUCCAGCUAUCCGAGGUUGGCCGAAUGGUUCAAGAACUGCAAAGUUCUAAAGGGUUUUGAGGACGACCAGGUAUUUGCUCAAGAGAUAGCGGGAUACUUCAAGACGUUGGUCACCGAAGGCCUGUAGAGGAAUUCGUUCAGAAAAAAACAGGGUUGUCAUUACAUAAACAAUCGCACAGUUAUGGUUAUCAGAUGUCGCGUGUUUUGGAACGUAGCUCAUGUGUCAUGUGCCGAUAGGCCCCGAUUAAUCUGUUCAAAGGUGAGCAGUUAUCUUGGACGAUUGCCAAUUGAUCAGUGAAACAAUAAUGUAGAUGUGUUUGUGUGUAAAUAAAGAAAAAACCAU